UUACACGGGGAGGAUUGUACUGUAACUGUUGCGAGGACACUACACGGCAGUGCUCUAGGUUGGUUUAGUCAGGACUCUCUAAAGUUGGCUUCGUCGCCCUUCCAGGAAAGAGAGUUCCUUCACUACCUUCCGAAAGUACUUGCCUUUGUACAGCCAAUCUCCCGCUAGCCAGUGGUAGCUCUACCAUUUGUAAACACUCAAGCGGUGCAAUAAAGAACAAAGAAGACGGUCAACCCUUUCUCAGCGUGUACGAUCCCCGGCUACCCCCAAUACCAUUAAAGAACCACCCAAAACCUCGUAACACUGGCGGAGAACCCACUGGGUAAGCUGUUGGACACAGGAAGUCUUCUUUUAAGGAAUCGACAAAAGACAAAUCAACCGGACACGUCAUCAGUUCAACUAACAAGAGAAAAAAAAAAAGAAAAGAAACAAGAAGAACUUUGGGAAGCUAUCAAAAGGAAUAGCAAGAAUGGAAAAACAAAAAACAGAUAAGUGAAGAGAGACCUCGAAAAGAGCAAGAACAACAGCGAAAAAAAACCCUCAAGCUUUACCAUAAAGUAGCAAGAAGAACUUUGUGUAUGGCAAAUUGAUCACAGAUUAACUCGUAGGAAUAUAGAUAAGUAUAGUAUCACUACUGAUCACAGUGUCGAUCGUUUUUUUUUUAUGGGUUACAGUUUUGUCUUAUAUCAGUUUCCUUUCCUUUUCCAUAUCGUUUUGAAUUAAAUAUCUUUAUUUCUCCGGCUUAGCAAAUAUUAUAGCUUAUUUAGCUUGUCGUUCGCCAUUUGAACAAGAAAAGGAGUUUGAAGUAUAAUUCUAUCUUUACAAGUUGUUUCAGAAGUAUUUCAAAUGCAUUCAAGAUAAUUUUCAAAGAGCCAAAGAGCCAAGUUUACAUUUAUGUAUAUUUUUCAAGAAGCAGAUACGAAUAUCUAUGAUGACAAUCACGUUAUUGAUGGAAGAAGAAAAUUACGAAUUUAUAUAUGCUCAUUGUGGCAAAACGUUAAGUCGAAUUACGAUUAUAUUGUCUAAAGAUUGGAUCGGAUGACUCAUAUUUUUAUUUAAUUUCAACUCGAGGACGAGUUUUCUCAAAGGAAGGACGAGUGUUAUGAAGGAAUUGUUAAUCUAUGCAAAAGUCGUUUCCGACACGUCAGAUAUUUUUUCAGUUUAUUAAUGAGAUUAGUAUAGAUUGAGCAGCAUAGUAACUAGCUCUAGGAUUGUGCUGUAACUGUUGCGAGGACACUACACGGCAGUGCUCUAGGUUGGUUUAGUCAGGACUCUCUAAAGUUGGCUUCGUCGCCCUUCCAGGAAAGAGAGUUCCUUCAAUACCUUCCGAAAGUACUUGCCUUCGUACAGCCAAUCUCCCGCUAGCCAGUGGUAGCUCUACCAUUUGUAAACACUCAAGCGGUGCAAUAAAGAACAAAGAAGACGGUCAACCCUUGCUCAGCGUGUACGAUCCCCGGCUACCCCCAAUACCAUUAAAGAACCACCCAAAACCUCGUAACAAGACUUAGUAGGAUUAACCACGACUUGUUGUGUGCUUUCGAGCAGUCGAGGGAGGUACAUCUACAUCAGUCACGACACAGCGUGUGUUUAUGGAAGCAAGAAACAACGCAGUCACGCGUAAAGAGUGAUUGUGUUAUCUUCACUUGACAGGCGUCAAUCAUCAAUUGUGUCGGGCUUGAGUAAACACACUCCACGGUUUGCCACUGAAGCUCAAAUUUCCGAUUCAUUUACUUCUGCUAGCGGUCAAGCCGAAGCAUUGAUCUCUCUCGUCAACUGUGAUUUAAAACAGGGGAAUCAAACUGAACUAUUCAUCCAAGGUGGAUUCUAGCCCGUUAGUAUUUUAUGCAAACUUCACUACCAAGUAUUAUUGAAUUUCCUCGAAGUUUUAUUUGAGGAAGAGACCAGGCGAUAAACCAUGGUAGUUGGCGAAAAGCAACGCAACUCCGACGAGGCCAAUGUUAUGAUAGAGCAGCCAGGGACUUCUAUAAACUCGUCUUCGCUGACUCGCGAAAGACUUAUUGCCAUAUGCGCAAUUUUGCUAGGGAUUAUUUUUCUAAUUGUAGGAAUCGUACUAAUUGCCGUAUCGUCCAAAGCCAAAAGCUGCCCUGAUUCUGAUAAAACAAGCGUAUUUCCACAGGACAGAGAUAGUACAUGCGAACCGAGUCAGGAGGCAAGCAGAGUAGGCCUUUUAGAUUUUUUUGACAAAGUAAAGAACGCUUACUACGAAUACCACCCUCAUAACGCUCCGUAUCAUCCAGAUAUUAGCGGCCUUCAGGACUAUGGGCUUGCAUAUGUUCAACAAAGCUUCUCUGCAUACGAUUCAAGGCCCAUGGUGAUAAAACAACGCACCGACAAGGCACUUCUACUGCUAGAAGAAAUAAACAAUGUGCAAGUGGACGAAGACAGAUUGAAACCCCGCGAGAGAAAAGCCCUACAACAAAUCAAGCAUUAUUUAAAGCACGUCUUCGGUCAACCGUAUGAUGUGAAUUUUUACGCGGGAGACUGGAUGCUCGGGCCUAAUUUAUUUUGUUGGCAACCGAUUUGUUACCUGGGGUACGAUGUGUACAACGCAUUAUAUUACUUUAAACCUUUCAACCUUAGCGAUGUUGAGGUUAUUGAGAUGAAGCUUAAAAGUCAUGAAGAUGCUGUAAAAAGUUACGUUAACAACAUGAAAAUGGGCGUUCGUAAAGGCAUGGUGAGAAGCGCAGAAGAAUGUAGAGCCGGUCUAGAUGCAAUAAAGCGCAAAUUCCUCAACACAUCGCGAUACAACGAAACAGGCGUUUUACUCGAAUGGUUCGCCAAGCCUGUCGUCUCGCCGUCCUACUAUUCCAACAUCACUAAACGCAUGAAUGAAGAGUGGAAACGCGCGCACAUGGGCAUGAACGUCAGCGAGUCGGUGAAGCAGUAUUUUGUAGACUACAUCGGUAAACCGAUAGUCAGCCUACUCAGGUACCUAGAACACGAACACUUGCGCCACUGUGUACCGAGCUCCGUGGCAAGUGGCCUCGGCCGUCUUCCCGUGAAGUAUGUGUACACGGAUGGCGUGGCAAACCUAUCACACCCCACUGACCCCACCCUACCCAUCACGGGGGGGAAGCUGGACGGGAAGAAGGCCUAUGAGAUGAUCAUGACAUACUUCACCACGAAUGAUAUGACGCCAAACGAAGUACACAAUCUGGGCCUACAGAUGCUGGAAAAACUCUACCCCAUGGCGGUUGCAGUCGCGCUCGAGGUUACCGGAGAAUCCGAUAACGCCACAGCAGUCGCGAAAUUCCGGGAGAUCCUCAACUCUACAGAAAGCUACUUCAACGACCCCAUACCAGCUAACGAAAGCGACGCGAAUGCUCACCGUUUGUGCAGUGAUAUCAAAGGCGCACAAAAGUACUGUCCGGUCCGUUGGGAUGCCAUUCAGCAGUGGUUUAGGGAGGCGAGAAAGGUAAUGAGCAUGCUGGACCCCAAGACUGUCGAAAUGUUCUACUUUACCGGUCCCAAGCACACAACGCCCAAUUGUCCCAUUGACAUGUCGCCCGACCUCAACCCCUCGAGUGGAGCACAGAGCUACGAUUCCAGCGGGAAAUCCUGCCUGAACAGCGCCAAAUAUAACAUUCCUUUCUUCCUUGGGAGAAUGGGGCCGAAGUUCAGCGAAUGGAGCGUCAAUGCGCAUGAGUCGCGCCCAGGCCACCAUCUCCAGGUCCAGGGGAAGAUUGAGCAUUUUCAGGAUACCUGUGGCGGUAGCAUUGGCUGGCUGAAUAGCGAGACAUAUUAUACCGCGUUCACGGAGGGCUGGGGACUAUACGCGGAGAAUCCGCUGAUCGCAGAAGACACGGACACCUACAAGGACAACCCCAUGCAGCGGUUUGGUAUGCUGAAAUGGCAGUUGUGGCGCGCAAUUCGACUGAUCGUAGACACAGGUCUGCAUUACAAGGGAUUCUCACGAGCCGAAGCCCUCAAGUACUUCGACGAGAAGGCCUGGGACGGGACAGACCUGGCGGAGAAAGAAGUCACGCGCUACCAGAGCGACCCUGGGCAGGCCACCGCUUACAUGAUCGGUCAGCUGGACAUCAAGAAAUCACGCCAAUACGCCAUAGAGCAACUCGGGGAUGCCUUCGACCUGAAGGAUUUCCACUAUCAGGUCCUUAAGCAGGGAUCGUCCCCACUGGCGUACUUAUCGGAUCAUAUCAAGCGGUAUGUGGCAUGUAGGAAGGACCCGAAGAAGGUAGGAUGCGAUGCUGUGUUAUUGCCGCCGAAGAAAUCGUCUUCAAGUCAAGAGGAAAAUGUUGUAAAGAAGCGUUUGCCUUUCCCGAUUGCGCGUCCACACAAGCGGCAUUACAUCUAAGUGACGAAGCGGUGUGAGCAUUGAAAGGGGCAAAUUAUACAAAUUAGGAUACUUAUAAGCAUAGACUAUGCAACAGACAGACAGACAGACAGACAGACAGACAGACAGACAGACAGACAGACAGACAGACAGACAGACAGACAGACAGACAGACAGACAGACAGACAAACAGACGCGGGGAUAGACAGGAACAGACGGACGGACGGACAAUAAAAGAAAUGAUAGACGGGUGGAGAGAAAGGUGUAAGUUUUUAAAAGCGCAGUUCGACUAUGGUAAAAGGGAAGUUUUAGAAAAAUUUCACCGUCACCUUUGCGUUCUUGUUUUUUUAUUAGAGUAUAUAAUUUGAUUUAUUUGAUAGUAAAUGAUAUAAAUGAAUGUAAAUACAGCAUAGAUCUAGUUUUUAUUGAAUUAUGUGUUAUGCAAUUGCUUGCUAUAUUCGAGCUUUAUAUAUAAGUAUUUAUGCCAAGUCAUAGAAAACUCAGACAGCUAUCGCUGUAUUUUCAGCGUCAUACUAUCAAACUUUUUUCUAUAUCAUGGUAUAUGUAUGCCUUUUGUGGCAAUUAAACUUGCGUUAUACUGUUCUUUUGAUUGGUAUUCAAGCAUAUGAUUUCCCCUUGAAAAAUUUUAUCUAAAGGCUGGUUCUCACGACGACAGAGACGGAAGCGUGAGAGUCUUAUGUCGCGUGAGAAGUGGCUCGACGUAAGCGCGAGGUUUUACGCAUGCUCAAUUCGUAAUCUAGUGCCCAUACUUCCUCGACGAGUUUGAUAAUUUAUGCUUAUGUUUCGCUUAUGCUUACGUCGAUCCGGUUUUCACGCGCCUUUCUUCCAAAAAUAAGCAUUUUCCUCUGCGAGCAAAAUGGGCGGGGUUUCACUUUAUUCACUACUUCAGAGAGAUAAUCAAAGCCCUGAAACCAUUGCUCUAUAUUAGCUAUCAUAUAAUAGCACAUGUAUUCGAAAACUCGUACAUAAUAGAUGUUAGUGUUGAUGUUAGGAAAUGUAUUAAAUAUUAAAGCGCAAAUAUUGUGGUUGUAUGAAGAGAUAAGAUUUUUGCAAUAAAAAGUCAAGAUCUUA